UUCCCCUCCAGCCCCGAGCUGGGAGCAGCUCUCAAUACUGGGUGACGCGCCGAGCACUUGAGCUAUUUCAGCCACAUGAAAAGCAUUGGGACUGAGAUCGCAGCUCAGAGGACACCGGGCGUCCCUUCCACUCACUGAGGAGCCUCGUAUUCCGGCACCUGGCUGCCUGGGACUUUCCCUAGGCAGUAAACAAAUACCUAAAGCAGGGAUAAGAAAGACCGCACAAAUAUGUCGAAACAGCCAGUUUCCAAUGUCAGAGCCAUCCAGGCAAAUAUCAACAUCCCAAUGGGGGCCUUUCGGCCAGGAGCUGGGCAACCCCCCAGAAGAAAAGAAUGUACUCCGGAAAUGGAGGAGGGUAUUCCUCCCGCUUCAGAUGAGGAAAAGAAGCCGAUUCCAGGAGCGAAGAAACUUCCAGGACCUGCGGUCAACCUUUCGGAGAUCCAGAAUAUUAAAAGUGAACUGAAGUAUGUCCCCAAAGCUGAACAGUAGUUGGAAAAAAAAGGCUUGAUGUGAAGAAUUGGAGAGUAAGAGAAUGGAUUCAAAGGAAAAUUGCUCACUAAGAAAUUUUAUAUAUUUGUAUGAAGAUUAUGAACCUCCCAAAGGCCUGAGACUCUAGCAGAAAAGUCCUGUUUGUGCAUUUCCAUCUCUUCCUUCUAGGUGGCUGCACUACUUACGUGCACUUAUCUUCAGGUUUGGCAGCUUGCAGAGCAAAGCAGCUCAAGAAUUCACCACUUGGAGGGUGUGCUUUUGAGGAGGGAUAUGAUUUUAUGGAGAAGGAUAUUGAUUAACAAUGAUUUUGAUGGAAAGUUCUCUAAGCUACUGCCCACACUAUUUUGGUCAAAUAUUUGGAAUGUAUUUUAGUUCUUCACCUUCUAAAUUAAUGUCAAUAAACUUUUUAUGAGGUCAAAUAAAUAUUUGAGUAAAUGUAAAA